CUCCGCCAAAUUCUUAGCAACGUCCUGCCUCGGUUUGCUAUUUUUCUUCCCCAUCGUUUAGAGUUUUACUAAUCGCGGCCGGGUGAGACUUGCUGUGUCGGCCAAACACGCCGUAGAUCCUUACUAUUGAGCUUCACCUCCCUCUCUCUAUGUGUGUCUCUCCUGCACGCGCGCACUCAAGUUACACAUGCGAUCGCUGCAUCCCCGUCCCGCGGCUUCAGAGAAAUGGCCGCGCAACGCCUGUCGCGAUCCGAUGCCGAAAGACGAAAUAAUCCCGAUUUGUUUAUUUAUACAAACCGCGCAGAAUUUUGGUUUCAAAAUUGUGAUUUAUACAAAAACUCCGAUGAAGUUUCGGUAUAAUUUGAAUUAAUGUGACGCUAUGUUUUAGAAAGGUAGUUGGAAAUAAUUUCUAGUGGUCGCGGAUUAAUUGAUGACGUUUUGUGAAUUGUGAUGUCACUGUAAAUAUGGCAGCGCCCAUUGAUGAUGUUGAAGUAUGAAUGAAGAGCAGGUGAACAUGGACCCGCCUUCAUAGAAAAAACUUCUCAAGUCAAGUGCCUGAAGUUCAACCCCUCAUAGUCGCUCAAGUCGUAUACGUUCGCGAAAGAUGAAUAAUAUCGGUAGAGUUCCCGAGCAAUACUCGGAAAAGCAUCCCGGGCUGAAGUCGUAUACCAAGUGUCAGUCAAGAGCAUUUAUGAUUGGCACAGGAGCGGCAUUUCUCAGCUUCACGGGAGUCUACAUCGCCCAGCAGCUUCUGAGGACGAGUUUGCCGUACGGAGCUAAGUACUACAUCCUCGCGCCGGUGCUUGCGAGCUGCGGCGUAGGCUACACGGUGAGCUCGCGUCGCACGCAGGCCUGCCAGCGCGCGUGGAUGGCGGCGGAGCACCGGCGGCACACGUACCUCGCGCGACUCGACGAGGAGGAGGACGAACGAAGACGCGGGGCGGUUGCCGCGACGACGCCGGCGGAGGAUAGGGAGGAGUCAUCAUCGCAGACGUAGGCGGUGGUCUAGCGGCGGUCAAGUCAUCGUCGGGUCGUCGGGGAAGGCGUUGCACAUCGUCUUACCGCCGCGAAUGCGCGUCGCGGAAAAGAAGACACGAAUGGGUCGUCCACACGGGCGUAGUUCCCGGGGGGGGGGGGGCACUCCAUAUAUAUUGCAUGGUAGGUAUGUGCCGCGGGAGUGACCCCCCUUUUUCACCCUAAACUUCCGUUCCAGUACAUCACAUUUUUAAGAAUAUCUUGUUCCAGAGCAUCGCAAGUUUACAUUUUCGAACAUUUCCAGAGCAUCCCACAUUCGACAAACAUUAGUUCCAGAGACCCCCAUUUUCAGGUCUGAGUUAGUUCCAGAG